CUUUAAUGGAUUCUGGACAUGGGUUCUGAUUAAAAUUUUAUUUUGGAUUAAUUUUUUUAUAUUGUAGUCUUAUAUAACCUUGUUCAUCAUUUAACAAUGUAUUUUAACUCUGUGCGUCAUUUUACUUGGGGUUUUGUGGUUCCUUAAGAAGAAAGUUUCAUGCUUUUCCUUUCAGAAGACACAAGAAGAGCUCCUUACCUAUAGAAAUUUUAUCUUAGCUUUAACCAAUAUAAAUGAUCAUUACAAAGUCAUUUGCUUUCAUUGCAAGAUCCACUAACAAUGAGUAUUGUUUGGUUAUCCUGUUAUUUAAUUAUUGCAUUGGGGUUUCCUUUGACAAGACAGUUAUGUGAACAGGAUACCUUUUUCCAAGGAAUAAAAAUCUUUUUCUUUAUAUCUGAUAGGUGAUAAAACUCUGAUGUCUUAUUUUUCUCUCAAGUAAAAGGUAUCCCUUUUGUAAGGGUUGACUAAUUCCUUGAUGACGGAUGCCAUCUGAUUAAUCUGAAGAAGUUACUAGUAAAAUGUGUCAAAGAGUAAGAGAGUGAUGGCAGCAGCAGAAGCAAGAGCAGUAUGGCAGCGAGCAGCUAACCGUUGCUUUGUCCAAGAAGAUGCCAAAAGAGCUCCCAAGUUAGCUUGCUGCCAAUCAUCAUCUUCUACAUCCAAACAGGUUGAUGGUGGACCUACUAAUACAGGAGAUUGGCCAGAUCAUCCUGUUUUAGGUUUUGUGCCUAUUAACAGGAAUCCUUCAUUUUCCAAUCUACCCCCUGACACAAGAUGGUGGCUCCAAUUACAGCCCAGCUAUGGAUAUCAAAAGGGUUUAACACAGGAACAGUUAAAUGCAUUGGAGGCUGAAGUGGAAACCUUAAUAGCUGGCACUGUGAAUUCAACAACAGAGUGUACUGAGGUGCACCUGCAAAAAGGAGACAUUAUUCCUGAUGAUGAUCACAAGAACCAUGAGUCUCCUCUCAAUACACAAUAUGGUAUUUCUGCUGUUUAUACAAAUAAAGCUCCUGAAGUCAGAAAGCAAGAGGUAAAGGCUUUAUAUAGUAAGAAUGCUGAUGAACAUCUUGAAAUAAUGGACAUGGGGGGAAAAUAUGAAUUUAUGGAUAUGAAUCCUGUUGGUUGUCCGGUUUCCAAACAAGCCAAUGAAUUUUGUCUAGAUCCAGAAUCUCCAUGGACUGGGGGUAAUAAGAAUGUGCCGUGGUGGCGAGCAACAGAUAAAGACGAAUUGGCUUCCUUCGUUGUUAAGAAGUCACUUAACCAUAUUGAGAAUUGUGAUCUUCCCCCACCUCAGAAAACGUAUCUUAGGAGACACCCAUAUGCUCAUAUUGGGUGCUUUGACCGUGAUGAAGCAUUGGCGUCAUUAGAUUGGAAGGCCCAAACUGGUAGUAUAUCCAAUGGGACUCAGGCACAAGGCUGUCCUGAUUUAACACAUGGAAAACAGGAGGCUUCUGCUGAGGAAGUUUAUUUAAAAUAUGGUUCUGACAACUCAUUCAGCAGUUAUAGUACAAGUCACAAGGAUAUCAAAGAGAUGCCACAAGUUUCUGAAGGUGACCCUGGUAAAGCUCAGCUGAUGGAAGCACUCCGCCAUUCCCAAACACGUGCAAGGGAAGCUGAGAUGGCAGCAAAGCAGGCUUGUGCUGAGAAGGAGCAUAUUCUUAAGCUCUUCUUUAGACAAGCGUCACAACUUUUUGCUUAUAAGCAGUGGUUCCAAUUGCUGCAGCUAGAAACCCUUUAUAUCCAGAUUAAGAAAGAUGACCAGUCAAUUCCCACUCUCUUCCCUGUGGUCCUUCCGCGGAUGUUGAACAGAGGUCAGAAACAGCGGAAGAGAUGGCAAAAGGGUACCAAGGGGAAAAGAGUCAAGCGAGGGCGGCCAAGACAAGAUAUCUCUAAGUAUGCUGUUGCUUUUGCAUUGGGGCUGAGUCUUGUUGGUGCUGGUUUGCUCCUGGGAUGGACUGUAGGGUGGAUGUUACCUCCUUUCUAGUGUUCAGAGUUCCAAAUCAAAACCCGGUUCUUAAUUCCGAAGAUUGAUUUACUAGGGCAAGUAGCUGCUUUAUGUCGUCCUAGAUUCUUAGGUUGUCUAAUGUAAAUACUCUGUUGUUUCUUAACCUUGUACCUUGUGUGUAAAAGUGUGAUUAGAUACGUGUAUAUGUUGAAGGGAAAAUGUUCUGAGACAGACAUCUCAUCAAAGAUUUUCUUAAGAUAAUCUGUGUAUUCUGUUUAAUUUAUUAGCAACUUGAGGUAACAGAUUCUCUUGCA